ACGGCUAGAUCUGUUCCCGCCCUAUUAUAUACAAUAUAUGUGUAUAUAUAUAAUGUAAUCCAUAGACGCAGAAAGCAAGGCGAAGCGGAUCCAAAUCCACCUUUCCAACUCACAGCAGACCCGCCCAACAAUCAUUCCUCUCUCUCCCUCUCCCUCUCUCUGGUCCAUCUCCAUUGAAGCCCACAUCAAGAAGCCAUGACCAAGAUCGAUGCCCUUCGUCGAUUCCUCCUCCCUUGCCUAAGCCCCGCCUCCGCCACCACUUCCGCCACUAUCUCCGCCACCCCCAAGAAACGCCUGAGCACCUCGCUUCGUAACGACGCACAAGAACCAGCCCUGGAACCACAGGACUCCACUGCCGCCGACGACUUCACCCCCACCAUUGCCGCAGCCGCCCCACCAAGACCCUCCAAGACGAUGGUAAUCUGCACCAUCUUCGGCCGCCGCCGUGGCCACGUCUGGUUCUGCGUCCAACACGACCGCCUCGCGACCCGACCCGCCCUCCUCCUCGAGCUUCCCAUCCCCACCCACCUCCUCGUCCAAGAAAUGCGCUGCGGGCUCGUCCGGAUCACGCUCGAAUGCGAUGCCCGACCAGAAUCCGAUAUCACUUCCUGCCCGCUCCGCUCAGUCCCCGUAUGGACCAUGUUCUGCAACGGCCGGCGACUCGGGUUUGCCGUCCGGAGAAAGGCCACGGAGACAAACCGGCUCAUGCUGAAGACCAUGCAGUCCAUCACCGUCGGAGCUGGCGUUAUUCCGGGCGGGUCCGGAUCGGGUGAAAGCAAAGAAGAACUCAUGUACAUGCGUGCAAACUACGAAUGCGUGGUAGGGGGUCCGGAUUCCGAGUCAUUCCACCUGAUCAACCUGGACGAGUGCCCGGGUCAAGAACUCAGCAUCUUCCUGCUGAGGUCCAGGUGAUUGAAUUUUGGGUUACAGAGACUGAUUCUGCACCAGUAAUGGGAAGGCUGAAAAGUGAAAACUCAUCAGUUUUCUUUGCCUUAGAGCUGCAAAUCUUUGAUUCUCUUCCAAGAUCUAUCAUGGAAAACUUCACCAUUAAUUUAUAUAUAUGGAGUCUGUUUCCGUUGGUUCUUUGAAAUUGAGAUUGUACAGAGAGAGAUGAGGUUUGUGAGUCUUACUUUCGCAGUCAAAUUUAAUUCUUGCACUUUCAUUCCUGUUUUUUCUUGUUCCAUGAUCGUGGAAAAUUAUGUAAAAAUGUUAAUUUUUGAGAAA